AUGGUAAACAAAAAAAAUAAUACUGGCAAAGAACACAUGGCGACCGAGUCUUGGAGUGGGAAUCAUGGGAUUUUGUGUGUAUAUAUUAGCAAAGCCAAAGACUUACCAAAUCUGAAUAAAUUGGAUAAGCAGAAUGUUAUGCUGCGAUUGCGCAUAGCGCAUAUGACUAGAGAAAGUGAUGUGUUACUUAGAGCAGGACAGAAUCCUGUUUUCAACUAUAUGGAGAAAUAUGAAAUUACCCCUGAAGUUAGACCAAUAAUGCAAGUGGAAGCUUACUGUGAUAGAAGGAAGAAACCGCCUAUUUUGAUUGGGCGAGUGGAAGUAGAUCUAUUGAACGGAAUAAGAGCAGACCCAAAAGAAGGCUAUUGCAGCUGGUAUGAAUUGAAGCGUGAACGAAAUGAAUUUGCUGGGACAAUCUUCAUAGAAUUAACCUUCACGCCACGUCUGCCGCGUUCCCAAAGGGAAAAACACAACGGUAUGACUGAAAAUAUUGAUGCUUCCAUAGCUUGUCGAGCAGUACCGAACUUGCCAGGUGAUUCACACAAUCUGGAUUCUGGUACGAAUAAUAGUGCAAGUGCUUCCUAUAUGCAUGCCUCCGCUGUACGAGAUUUUACGCCGCGGGUAGAGGAUCAGAGAGAAUUUACACCCGUUAUCUCCCAUUCUCUGCCACCCCUCAGCGAUUAUACAACUAACUUCAAUUCCUCUGUUAGCACGAAUAGGACAUCCAAUACGCAAGACACGGAGGUAACCACAAGUUCGGACACAAGAUUUCAUUUUGCGAACUUGAAAAAACUAAAAGAAAGAAUAAACGUUUUCAAAAACGCCAAUAGCUCACUGAAUAACAAUGGCAAUCAGUCAGAUACACCAGUUGAUAUCGAAGCUCUCCAGAAAGCUAUUGGAGUAACCUCCCUGGACAACGAGGAAGGUGAAAGAGACACCCUGCACGAGAAUCGAAAUGAUGGCGAUCGUCGUACCUCCCGCCUGAAUUCCAGCCCACGACUACCGCAACUUCCAGAACCGCCGCUACCUCCUCUGCCUACCAAUACGCGGGGCACACCAAGUCAAGGAUCCUACAUGAAUGGGAUGUCCUGGUCAUCUGGGCAUAGAUAUGAGGCUGCAAAAAGUCCUUUUGAGCUUCGAGGGACCUCCUCACCUCAGCUACCGCCAUUGCCCGUAAGUCCACAUACCAGAGAAAGAUCAUUGUCCCCUAGAAGACGCCCUCCACCUGCCUCACGAUAG